CCUUGUGGGACUUUGAACCUUGUCAACCUUGUCAACUUGUCAUUGUCAAAUAAAAAAACAUAACCUGUUUGGUAUAAUGUGUUUGCAUUUUCUUUUAAUUACAAAAUGAAUUUCGACGACGUAAUUUACUUAAGUUUGCUCUUUUUCUCAAUAGGCUUCGGAUAUUAUUACCGGACGAUCAAAGACCAAGAUCUGAAGAAAAAUGUAGGCACAAUAGUGGGAAUUUUGCUCACUUUCAUUGUAUCCGGAGUUCACAUUCUUCACUCAUUCGUUACGAUUCUAGUAAACACGUUGAUCAUUUUAUACGUAAACAAAAAGCAAUGCCACCUCGUUAGUUUUGCUUUUUCAUUCUCAUACUUGUUGUUCUUCCGGUCGACUGUAUACUUUGGAAUUCCGUAUCCCCCCGCCCAUACGAACAUGGUCCAAAUGAUGCUCACUUUGAAAUUAGUAGGUUUAGCUUUCGAAGUCAACUCGACAUAUAAUGCUCAAAAAAAACGCGACACGUCUGAGAAAAGUCAAGACGAGAAAGACGAAGACGAAGCAAAUAAAAUUGAACCGAAUUGUGCAGAUAUUUUUCAUUACGCGUUCAACUACGUGGGGGUGCUUACAGGGCCGUAUUAUCGGUAUCGCACUUUUGUGGACUAUUUGAAUUUCCCGUUCGCUGAACACGUUAAUUGGAAAAAAGCCACAAUUGAUAAAUUAAAAUAUGUCCCAUUGUACGCAAUUCUAUUCCUAUGGGGGACUUACAACUGGCCACUCUCAUACGCUACCAGCGACGAAUUUUAUGAACGAUCAUGGUUAUACCGGUACUGGUACAUCUGGCCCAACUUUUUCAUCUUCCGAAUGCGAAUAUACAUAGGUCUGGUCCUCUCAGAAUGUGUAUGCACAAUGGCGGGUCUUGGUGCAUACCCGAUUUUUACCAAUCCUAAAUCUGGUCAAGGACCGUCUGAGAAAUUUUCAGACAUGAAGAAACUCAUAUCAAAUGAUGUCAGUUUGUCAAAAACGGAAUACAGUUUUGAAGCCGUUCACAAUAUAAACCCAUAUGGGGCUGAUUUUUGUACAACGUACAGAGAAGCAAUGAAGCAUUGGAAUAUUUGCAUCCAGUAUUGGUUAGCGGUGAAUAUUUACAAACGGUUUCCAAACAAAAAGCACAGAACGACUGUUACAAUGUUGGUCUCUUCAUUCUGGCAUGGAAUAUACUCUGGGUAUUAUUGUUGCAUAGGAACUGUACCAUUUGCCCUUGCCCUUGAAGACGUUUACUAUAAAUUGUACUUAAAAGACGCCAAAGGACAGUUUUUGAAAAUUUACGGUUGGGUGCACUGGUUUGUGCGCAUGCACUUCUUUUCAUACCAAGCCAUUGCGUUCUUACUGCUCGAAGUUAACGUGAUUUUACAUUAUUAUAACUCCAUUUAUCACGCGGGGCUGGUUAUUGGAAUAAUUCUGUAUGUUGUUGGUCUCCAACUAUUGAAAACUAAGAGAAUCAAAGAAAAGAAAGAAGUCAGAAGUGAAGGUGAUGUGAAAAAGAGCAACUAAAAUGUUAGUAGGGGUUUUAUUAAUUAGAUGGAAUCAGAAUGUAGCACUACCUCAUUUUUGUAUUAUUUUUUUACAUUCUCAAAUCAUGUAGGGUUUUUUUUUAUAAUGGACAAGGUUAGAUGGUUUUUAAUGUGUUCAUGCAUGUAGAGGGUUGUUUUUAAAAGAGUUUAGGGUGUAUAUUUUAGUGUAUACCGUAACGUGAUCUUCCAAGGUCGAUGAUAAUUUUGACUACGUAAUUUUGUUAGGGGAGCAAAAGAAAUACCAAAGUCUUCAUGGGUUGCCAUAUGUAUGUACUAUUUUUGUAAGUGUUUAUGAUGGACAUUUAAUAAUAGAGUAGAAACGUCGAA